AUGGCCAAGCUCUGUUAUUCUCCUUCUUCCAUCUUUCUCUUCUCCUGUGUCGCCGCUUCUCUUAUUUUCAUGUCACAUGCAGGAAAUCUUAGCUUUUCAUUCCCUCCCAGCACGGACUUUAUAAUCCAAAAUGAUGCCUAUUUCCUAGGAGACAAGGCUAUAGAACUGACCAAGAACCAAGCAACAGGGAACCUGGGCAGUAGCUUAGGCUGGGCGGCUUACAAUCACUCGGUUCCACUUUGGGACAAAUCCUCUCGAGCUUUGGCGAGCUUCUCUAAUCAUUUUCAAUUCAUUAUUGGCAGGGGCAAUGAUAAUCGAAAACUUUUCGGAGACGGACUUGCUUUCUUCUUGGCGCCUUUCAACUUGGAACAGCCCUUGAACGCUACGGGUGGAGGUCUCGGCUUAUUUAAUGACUCAACUUUGACUGGAUUAUCCUAUCAGAUGGUUGCUGUGGAGUUUGACACUUUCAAGAAUUACUUUGAUCCCGAUGGCAAUCAUGUGGGGAUCGAUAUCAACAGUAUUUUGUCCAAGGUAAACGUUUCGCUGACAGACGUAGCUGAAAACUCCAGUCUUUGUGAUAAGAAACUCAAGAAUGGAAAGCAAUGGGACGCGUGGGUAAAGAGGCUGCAAGUGUUUCUCUUGUGUAAUCCCGAUGGCAUAAGUAUUUCUAAACCUCCAACCCCAAUCUUAAUUUAUGAUAUAGAUUUGCGGGACUUUCUUCCAGAGACAAUCAGGGUUGGCCUCUCGGCUUCGACAGGAAAUUCCUCGGAGACACACACUGUGAACUCUUGGAAUUUCUCUUGUCAGUAUUCGUGGGAAUUAUCAGCUGUUCCACCUCCAACCAACGCUCACAAUGAAAGCAAUAGCCAUUUCUGGGUUAUAUUGAUAGUGGUCUUCUGCAGCGCUAUGGCUAUCUGCGGUUUGGUAUUCAUUGGCUGGCGGCGGUAUUUCAGAAAAAGUGAAGGCGUUGGUGAGGCAAGUGAAGAGAGCGAUGUGGAGCUGGACCAGUGGUUUUCUCAGGGCCCACGCAAAUUCUCUUAUGCGGAGCUCAGCACUGCGACAGGAAAUUUCAGCGAUAAUGAAAAACUUGGGCAAGGAGGCUUCGGUGGCGUGUACAGGGGUGUCCUGCCUGGCACGAAGGAAGUGGUGGCUGUAAAGAAAAUAUCCCAAGGAUCGAGUCAAGGAAGAAAGGAGUAUGUUUCUGAGGUUACUAUAAUCAGUAGGCUGAGGCACCGUAAUCUUGUGCGGCUUUUAGGAUGGUGCCAUCGAAAGGGUGAGUUACUCCUAGUAUACGAGUACCUGCCUAAUGGGAGUCUGGAUAAUUAUAUCUUUGGGGAGCAGAAGGGUUCUCUGAAUUGGGAACGGAGGUAUAAUAUUGCCUGUGACUUAGCCUCUGCUCUUGUUUAUCUCCACGAGGAAUGGGACCAGCUUGUUGUGCACCGAGAUGUCAAGGCAAGCAACGUAAUGUUGGAUUCCAAUUUUAAUGCCAAGCUAGGGGAUUUUGGUUUGGCAAGACUGGUGGAGCGUCAUAAUGCAGCUUCUCAUACAACUGUAGUGGCAGGCACAUUUGGGUAUUUAGCACCCGAGUGUGUAAUGACAGGGAAAGCCAGUCCAGAGACGGACGUGUUCAGCUUUGGGGCGGUGACUCUGGAAAUUGCCUGCGGAAGGCGGCCCGUUGACCGCUCUCUAAAUAAACAUAACUGCAGACUGGUAGAAUGGGUUUGGGAUUUAUAUGAACACGGAAAGAUUUUAUGUGCUGCGGAUGAGAAACUGGGUGGACUGUUUAACGAGAAUGAAAUGGAGAGGAUGCUGUUGGUGGGGCUGCUGUGCUCUCAUCCAGAUCCCACAUCAAGGCCAAAAAUGAGGGAGGUGACAAAGAUAUUGAAAGGGGAAACUGAAUUGCCAUAUGUUCCUCUUGGUUUGCCCGUCGCUGUCUAUAGCCAGCGCCUGCGUCCAGAUGUCAUGUUAAGCCCGUCGGCUUUCACGUCAUCAACGGCUUCGAGCGGCCCGGAUAAAAUAUCGGAGUAUCCAUUGUUCGUCACAGAGCCUCGCUAG